UUAAUUUCUCAUAUUCCUUUCAUCUUGUUAUAGGUUCUCUGCGGCAAUGGAAGAGAGAAGCUGUUACACUUAGCAGAAGGCCUGCUGAAGAAGCAUAUAGCUUCCCAUAGUUUACAUGAACCGGAAGCUCUUAUUGUAUACAUUUCCUUAUUAGAGCAGCAAUCUAAAUAUGGAGAUGCCUUAGAACUUCUUACUGGAAAAUUUGGGUCUCUUAUAAUGACUGAAGUUGAUAGACUACGUUUGCAGGGGAGGCUUCUUGCCAGAGGAGGUGAUUGUGCUGCUGCAACUAGCAUAUUCCAGAAGGUUUUAGAACUCUGCCCUGAUGACUGGGAGUGUUUCCUCCAUUAUCUUGGCUGUUUACUGGAGGAUGCUGGUAGCUUGUGCGUGGGAACAAAGAAUGAUUCUACUUAUCCUCUAAAGUCGAUGGACUCCCAAGUUUCUCAUUUGACAGAUGAAGCAUUUGGUUCUCGGCUAUCAAAUGCGUCAUCUCUUGUACAAAAGUUGUUAACAGAGGCAAGUGAUGAUACUGUAAGAUGUCCAUACUUGGCAAAUAUUGAGAUUGAAAGAAGAAAACUUUUACAUGGAAAGGGUGAUGCAAAUAAGUUGACGGAGGCUUUGAUAGAAUAUUUUUUCAGGUUUGGACAUUUGGCUUGUUUUGCUUCCGAUGUUGAAACUUUUUUACACAUUUUGGAUCUUGAUAAGAAGACACAGCUUCUGGAGAAGUUGAUGGAAUGCUGUGAACGUAUUCCAACAAAUCCCAGAAAGACUCUUGGGCAGCAUAUUACCGUCUUCAAAAUUCAAAAUAUUGUUGGAAGCAUGUUCACUCUUCCAUUAAAUGAGCUGGAGACAACGGCCGUAAAGAUGACACAAUUGUACUGUGAAAAUCUCCCACUGUCAAAAGAUUUGGAUGCUCAAGAGAGUAUGUAUGGCGAAGAUCUUCUGUCUAUGGCAUGCAAUUUGUUGGUUCAGCUCUUUUGGCGUACUAGGCAUAUCGGAUAUCUGGUGGAAUCAAUUAUGAUCUUGGAAUUUGGUUUGGCAGUACGAAGACAUAUUUGGCAGUACAAGAUUUUACUGUUGCAUUUGUACUCUCACUGGAGUUCUCUUCCAUUGGCUUAUGAAUGGUAUAAAACACUGGACGUCAAGAACAUAUUGUUGGAAAGUGUAUCGCACCAUAUUUUGCCACAGAUGUUAUCAUCGCCAUUGUGGGCUGAUUCAACAGAUAUUUUGAGGGAUUAUCUAAGAUUUAUGGAUGAUCACUUCAGAGAAUCUGCUGAUCUUACAUUUCUUGCAUAUCGUCAUCGGAGUUACUCUAAAGUUAUUGAGUUUGUUCAGUUCAAGGAGCGAUUGCAACAAUCUAGCCAGUACAUGAUGGCAAAGAUUGAAAAAAGCAUUCUGCAGUUAAAGCAGAAAGCAAAUAACAUCGAAGAAGAGGAGGGCAUUCUAGAAAGCUUGAAACAUGGAGUUCAGUUUCUUGAACUCUCAGAUGAAAUUGGAAGCAAAUCAUUGACCUUCAAUGAAGAAUUGCAGUUGCGGCCCUGGUGGACGCCAACUUGUGACAAAAAUUAUCUCUUAGAGCCAUUUGAAGGAUCAUCUUAUUGCACUCAAGAGACCUUGGUACGAAUUUUUGUCUUCAAUAUUGCAUACACUAAUGAUGUUUAUUCAAGGGGGAUGUAUGAGGAAGAGUUCAUUUCAAGAUCAGAAUUUAUAAACUUCCGUUUCAAGAUUAAUUACAUUGUAACUUAAAAAUGAACUUUAACG